AUGCCCAUCACCCAACUCAGUGCAGCAGCGGCCCGGCUCAUCGGGUCGUCCGCCGCCAUCACCUCACCCUACGACGUCGUCAAAGAGCUCCUAGACAAUGCUAUUGACGCCGGCGCCGACACCGUCGAAAUCGCCAUCGCGCCCAACACCCUCGACCAGGUGCGCGUGCGCGACAACGGCCGCGGUAUCCCCCUUGACGACCUGAACAGCCUCGGCCGGCCAGCACACACGAGCAAGCUGGUCACGCUGGAUGAGCUGACAGCCGGCCGGGUAGCCACGCUCGGCUUCCGCGGCCAGGCACUCGCCAGCAUCAACAGUAUCGCGGCCACGGUGCAGGUAACCACCAAGACAGCCGAGGAGCCCGUGGCGGCGCGCGUCCAGCUUCAGCAGGCCGGUGUUGAGCAGCAAAGGCUGCCGCCAGUGUCCGCGCCGACGGGCACGGCGGUGCAGGUCAUGGGGUUGUUUGCCCGCCUGCGGCCGCGGUGGCAGAUGCUGCUCAAGGAGGGGAGUAAGACGAUAGUAAGGAUCAAGGGGUUGCUGACGGCCUACGUGUUGGCGGAUGCGGCACUGAGGGUCACGUUCAAGGUACUGGGCGACGAGAGGCAGACGUGCAGGCUGGGACAGUCAAGGGACAGGGACAUGACACAAUCGGUGCUGGAGGUCUUCGGGGCGGCGGUGGCGGCGAGUGGACAGACGCACCGGUUCGCCAGCGCGGAGGACGGUGCGGGCGCGUUUACGCUGGUAGCCUUUUUGCCGGCAGUGGACGGCGAUCAGAGGGUUGUGGCAGGCAAGGGCGCCUUUAUAUCGGUCAACGGUCGACCCAUCAGCUCUGCCACGGGCAUCGGAAAGGCGCUCGUGGGGGUGUUCAAGACAAAGGUGCAGCAACACUGGCAGCAGCGGGGACUACCGACUGUGCAGAAGCCGCUGUUGUUACUCGAAAUUCGCUGCCCGCUGGAAAGAUAUGAUGUAAACGUGGCGACGAUGAAGGACGAGGUGAUGUUUGCCGAGGCGGGUGCUCUGCUACGGACGUUUGAGGAGCUGUGUGUCAUGGUUUACUGCAAUGCUGCCGCCCUGGGAAGCUCCAGAAUAAAGGAAACUAGCCAAGAGCUGGUUGGGAUGUCUACGGAUAGUGCAUUGGCACCGGCCACGGAGAAACUCGUCUCGGCGCAGAUGCGAACGGCGUGCAAAGUCAAUAUGCAGCGAACAAACAGCAACGCAACCGAUGAGGAGACGGACUUUCGGAUCAUUGAAGUGGAAGUUCCGGAAAUACGCCUGUUGGAAACGAAGGAGGGCCCGAAAAAGCAAACCAACUUCUUUGUAGACACUACGCCAAAGCCAGCACGCGGCAUUGAGCGAUACUUUCAGCCGACGGGGGCCGAUUUCGAAAUAGCCACAGACGAAACAGCCACACCCGAGAGACCACAACCCGAAGAGACGAGCAGAACUAUAGAAGGGAUAGUAUUAAACGGAGCGUUGAAGCGCAUGCCCCUACACGACGUGCCUGACACCACGCUCAACACUCUGGCUGGCAUCCACGGCUCGCCCUCGUCAGAGGACGCCAGCAGCCCAGGCGAGGGUCCCCGUCUGAGCGACCUUCAUGGCACGAGCUGGAGUAUCCAGAACCUGAUCCAUCAGCGUGUCCUAGACGUGCCCUCCACUGGUAUAGGCGGCGGCCCUGCUGCCACAGCAUCGGCCAGCCCGGUUCCACAAACACGAGGUGGUGGUCUGCACGAGGCCGCCCGGCGACAGGUUACCCACCAACUGCCGAUUCUGCGCACGCCGCCGCCUUCUGACCCGAUGCGGGAGGAAUCGCGGUUCGUGCUGCCUGGUUCGUUGUACGGAGCGGGAUCGGAGAGUAGAAGACAGCCGUCGCCGGCGAGCAGCUCGAGCAGCAGUUUGGAGAGCGGUGCCAUCCCGGUCAAGGAGACCCGGGGCAGAAGCGAGCAACAACAGCAAAGACUAGGAGCAAGAAGAGCGUUGCCGGGUACAAGAAACGACCAGGUGAAUCAAGGCAGGGGCGUGUUGGCAUCGGGAGCGCCAAGGCUGGGUCUGCCGAGGCAACGGACCACAACCACCACCACUAUGGGGCGGCUCCUGCCGCGGCGGCAAGAACACGAAGAGCACGGAGAUGCCGCUGCCCCCGAAAGGGGCAUCAUAAGCUACAUGAGAUAUGGCGACCGUGGCAGGGCACAGCUGGAGCAGACUAAUUUGGUCGAUUGGGAGAUGAGUGACGCGGAAAGCGUGGACAGCCAUCCGCAGCCAAAGAGACGCCGCGCUCAAAAGAGCCCAGAUGUAGUGGCGCCGGUCCAGUCCGCAUCACACACUCGCCACGCCACGCCGCACCUGGUGGAUGGCGGCCUGCCGUUGGAAAGCAUACCAUCUAGUUUGGCGACUUGGGGCAUCCUCGUCACGGCUAGUGUCAGCUUUUCGGAUAUCAGACUGUGGACGGACUUGGAGAGGGAUCUGGACUUGUAUAUUCGCAGCGGGACGCUGGCGUGGGGGCUGCGGGAUUUGACGGGAGGCGAGGCGGCGCGGCUGGAAGAGUGUGCGAGGCGGCUCUGUCGGGCUUGA